ACAGUUAUCUCCGCGAAGAGCGUGUACAAGGUCCGCCGCGUUGAACCGUUGAACCAGCUUCUUCUAGUAUCAUAUGGAGCACAUUAAGCAAUCGAGAUGCAAACUGUACAUUUGUAUUCAUCGCAGUAAAAUUUUUGUGUUGUUAUGACAACGGUGUAGUGGGCUUGUCGUACACGGGGCUUCAAGAAAUUAAAUUUCUAAAAAACGAGAAAAAGAAACAUCAUGUCGGAGAUAAAAGUGCUAGAUGGUGGUUUUUCUACGCAACUGUCCACCCACGUAGGUGAGAAGAUCGAUGGUGAUCCUUUGUGGACUGCACGUUUCCUCAUAACCGAACCGAAGGCUGUCUUCGCUACUCAUAUGGAUUUCUUACGUGCCGGUGCCGAUAUUAUAGAGACCAACACGUAUCAAGCAACCAUCGACGGUUUUGUAAAAUAUCUGGGCAUCACGGAGGAAGAGAGUCUCGAGAUCAUCCGUAAAGCUGUCGAUUAUGCUAAAGAUGCCGUGAACGCUUACAGUAAAGAAAUAGAGGAUGAUGAAAACGUGAGGAACCGAAAGCCAUUGAUCGCUGGAUCUUGCGGUCCUUACGGCGCCUGCUUGCACGAUGGCUCAGAAUAUACUGGUUCGUACUGUGCUCGUGUAUCGCGAGAAUUUUUGAUCGACUGGCAUAGGCCUCGCGUACGCGCAUUGCUGGAGAAAGGUGUUGAUCUAUUGGCGAUAGAAACGAUACCUUGCGUCCGCGAGGCGGAGGCUGUAAUCGAUCUACUCAAGGAAUUCCCGAAUACGCAGGCAUGGCUAACAUUCUCCUGUAGAGACGAUGGAAAGAGCUUGGCAGACGGCAGCGACUUUCAAGAGAUUGCCGUGAGAUGUUACAAAAAUGCCCUGCCCGGACAAAUAUUAGCGAUCGGCGUUAAUUGUAUUGCUCCACACGUCGUUACCACCCUGCUGCAAGAUAUCAAUAAAGGCAAAUCAAACGAUCUUAUACCAUUGGUGGUAUACCCUAAUAGCGGAGAAAAAUAUAUAGUAGCUGAAGGAUGGACCAAGGAAGGAGAAGCUCCCUCUUUGCACGAAUUCAUUGACGAGUGGCUGGAUCUUGGCGUUCGUUACAUCGGUGGAUGUUGUAGGACAUACGCGACGGAUGUCAAACGAAUAAGAUCUAAAGUGGACCAACGGCUAACGUAGACAUGUAUUUGCAAAUUUAAUAACCGUUGAGAGGAUGACUUAAAAAAUUUUUAUAAU